AAAAUAAGUAUGGCGCCGCCCAUGUAGACGACCCCUAAAAGCGAAAGAAGACCACGUAGCCAGUUUUUCUCGAGCGCUCGCGUUUGCGAAUAAAGUGAAUCAUUUCGCCGUUUCUCCGACCGAUCGGAAAGCAAGACCUUAAGCGCUACUGUUCAAUCACGGUGACACCAUGUUCAAGGGAGGCUGAACGUGUCGCCCCAAGAAAACAAGAGGGGAGCGGUCCCAGCGACGCGCAAACAGAUGUUCUGCAACCACUCGAAAUCAGCGUGACCUCUACAAUUCAGGAUGGAUGACCCCGACCACAAGGACCUGCUCAUCCAGCAGCUGAAGGACAUCGUCAGGUCAAAUGAGGAGAUCCUCAAGAAGAAGGAGAAAGAACUAGAGGACAGUGCGGCAAAGUAUCAGAAACUAAAGCUCCAGUCAAGGGCGAAGAUCGCUCAGCUCACCAACCAAGCAAAGGCUCAGCACGAGGCAUCACCUGAAGGGGACCAAGGCGAAGAUGCGUCAAAGGCCACAACUCCACACCACGAAGCAUCAGCGGAGGCGUCGAGGGGUCGCGUCCGUGUCCUCAAGCAUCAACUGGACGAGGCCAAGUCUCAGCUUCAAAAAAAGGAGCAAGAGAUGCAGGCGUUACAGCGCUCAUACGAAUCCACCGUUGAGCGGCUGGAGCAGCAGCUGCUUCAGCGUGACCAGCUGCUGAUGGAGAGCGCAGAGACAUCUGGCCAGGCAGCAAAACAGUCUUCCGGCCAAAGGCAGGACAGUGGUGGCAGCAACACUGGCAGCACCAGUAAGGAAGAGGAGCGCCUUUAUGCGCAGAUGGUUUACAAGGACUCCAAGAUCCUCGAGCUGAACAAUCAGAUCUUGGAGCUUGAGCGGCGAAUCCUGGACCUGCAAGAGAACCUACGUGAGAAGGACCAGGUUCUCCAAGCACGCAGCAAGGCAAUCCAGCUCAUGACGGAAGACCUCAGUCUUCGAAGCAAGACUGCCGUCGACGACCUGGACGACACACGAGCCGAGAUGCGGCUAAUGCAGCAGAAUUUCUUAGAACAGGAGAUGUCGUGGAAGCAGCGCGAGGCAUCCCUCAACGCCGACCUCAACACGAACAAGAGCCGAGUGACGGACCUGGAGGAAGGCUUCCGGAAGCUGGAGUCGACGAGGUUCCAGUUGGCAGCGCACAACGCCGAGCUCCAGGAGAAGGUGGUCCGGCUCCAGGAGUCCGUGGAGAAAGCAAAGGCGGACCAGGCGACUGUAUUCCAGGCCAAGAUCGAUUCCCUCACCAAGGAGCUGGAAGAAAAGACAACGGCCCUGGAGGAAACGCAGAAGACGCUUCAAGAGACGACGCGGGAGACCGACAACCGGAUACUGAAGGCCAGGGCACUCGAAAGGCGUCGUGCCAAGCAGUUCGAGCGUGAACUCCAGGAAUUAAAGAAGGCGAACUCGGAGGCGGCACCGUCGGACGUCACGACGCUGCAGCACCGAAUCGCAGAGCUCGAGGAGGAGAAAGGUGGGCUUCAACUCAAAGCCCUGGAGAUGGAAGACGCUCUCUCGUUGCAAGCUGCUAAGCUGGAGGAGAUGGUCGCCAAGGACAGGCUCAUCGAAGAGUUGAAAGGCCAAGUGAAAGCGGCACGGGAGGAGAAGAUAUCUCUGGAGGUUCAGGCUGCACAGGUUGAAGAGCAGAAAGAGAUCGAAGAACAAAAGAUGAGAGAGCUACAGCAGGAACUGGAUGCUCUCAAGGCAGCCGACGAAAGUGCCACACCCGUGCUCCAGCAGGAGUUGAAGGUUGCUCUUGAGGAAGAGGUCAAGAAGUUGAUCGCACAGCGCGAGGAAGACUCGUCGAUCAUUGCAGAGCUCAGGCAGAAGCUUCAGUUCUCAGAGGAACAGCUCGCAUCUGCCGCUACGCGAGUGAACGAGCUAGACAGGAGUCUUCAGGAUGCGAGGCGCGAAAUUGAAGAAAAAACUCGUCAACUUGAAAACAUGAACGAGACACGAGAACAAAAGCAGUCCGAAGUGGCCUUGAAGUUGGUUAGGAUAGAGGAGCUCGAACUGGCUUUGAAGGAUGCACAAGAAAGGCUCGAUGCGAGCGCACUGCAUGCGCUAGAAGAUGAUGAGGUCCGCAAGGAGCUGUUGGCGCAGUCGUCGGCGAACUUGGCAGAGGUUGAUCGGUUGAAGGAAGCGUUACAGAGAGAGUCUACAAGCCUGCAGAAAACUCUUGAAGAUCUACAGGCCGCUCAGCUUGCGAGGGACGAAGCAAAUAGAGUGGCAAAAGCUAUGCAAGAAGAGCUUGAACUUCAAGCCAGAAAAGUUGAAGACCUCAGCAGUGCACAAGUGGAUAGUGUUGAUGCACUGAAAGCCCGAUCGGAGGACAUCCAGCGGUUAGAGGUAGAGUUGAAAAGCAUGCAGGAGCAGCUGCAAGCGAAACAACGUGACAUCGACGAAAUUACUUCUCGUGAAAGUCAACUUAGAGUUGAACACGAAGCACUUAAAAGAAGCUAUGAAGAAACAAACGUCUCGAUCGAAGACCUACUUUUGUACGCCGGUGCGUCGAGCUUGGGUGAAGUGAAGGUCGCGUGGGACCGCUGCAUUUCGGAAAAAGAAGAAACCGUUAGCAGGUGCCGUCAGGAGCUAAGCGAAGCCAUUUUGCGGAGCGAGCAGCUGGCGUCAAAAGUCGAAGAUCUGGAAAGCGCGCUGAGUGAAGCCAAUUCUCUGAAGGCACAGCUGGCCACCGUAAACGCGUGCCUGGAAUCCUUGUCUGUAUCCUCUGUUGAAGAGUUGAAGUCAAAGUGGGGUGCUAUGCAUGAAAACCUUGACCUUCUGUCACAGUCGCAGAAGCUGGACAAAGAAGAACUGAACAACCGAAUCAAGCAACUUGUUGACGAGAAAGCCGAGCUUCAACAAGCUGCUGACGCGGGAGAGCGGCGAGCUUCGGCACUUGCCGCGGAAGUCGACAAGUUGAGGCUCCUGUGCGAAGAGUCCAGUGCGGUCGCGGCUGAACGAGAGUCGGCACUGUCUGAAGCCCUUUGCAAGGUUAAAGAACUCCAGUGUUGUCUCGACGCAGAGCGAUGCAAGACGGAAUCGAAGGUCGCGACUCUGCUCGAACAGUGCACUGACCUCGAGAAGGAAGUUUCUGCUCUACAGUUGCAGGUUGAAGAGAAAGAACGCUCGGUGCUGCAUCUGACAGAGAGUCUUGCCUUGAGAGAAAAGGAGCUAGAGGAGAGUGUGCUAAACUUUGGUCACCAGGAAGCAAGUCUUCAAGAAGCGCUCCAAGAAAUGAAAGAACAACUUGAAACCAGUGAAGAACAGUUGUCGGAAACGGCAAGAGAAGUUGCGUCACUCCGUGAAGCGUUGCAAGCUAAGGAAAGUGAGACGUCGGCGCUUCAUGCCGAGCUCACCAGCUCCGCAAGCGCUCUCGAGCAACUUAAAGGUGAGAACAAGUCCUUAGAUAACAAGCUCAAGAAGAUGCAGAAGAAAGCCGAGACGACCAGUUCCAAGUACAAAGAUGCCGAAUCGUCUGUGAAAAACACACAGCGGGAACUCGAAGCUGCCAUAUCAGAGAAAGCAGACCUCGAGAAGUCGCGCCUCGAAGCCGAGUUGUUGUUGAAAGGUGUUCAGCAAGAGCUCGAGGUCGCUCUCUCCUUGAAGGGAAAUCUUGAGAAUGAGUCCCUUGGGCUCAGAGAACAGCUUGCACACGUUGAGGACGAAAAAACGAGCAUCUGCCAACGGCUCUCGGAGGCUGAAGAAAAAGCCCAGUUGGCGAAUGCGGAGUUGCUCAAACUCGAAAACGAGCGAGGUAGUCUUUCUCAAAAGAUCGAAGACCUACAGCAGCAGCUGUUGGACUCUGAAUCAAACUGUCAAAGCAAAGACGCAGAGUUUCAGGAAUUUCUCGACAAAACUCAGAAGGAAAGAAAUGACCUCAGCAUUCAACUGCAACAACUCAAUGAGGCACUUGCAUUGAAGAACAAGGAAAAUGCAGAACUCUCUCAAGAACUCUCUCGCCUUCAGGAACAACUCAACGAGGGUACUCAACUCAGUGAUCAGCUAAACGAGAAGUUUAACCACAUCACCGCGGAGCUUGUGAACCAAGUGGCACUCCACGACGCUGAAAAAGAACAGCUUCAACGACAAAUAAGCGAACUCGAGAAGUCGUGCAACGAUUCCAAGAACACGCUGAGUCAGGUUAUGGCGGAGCUCGAGAAGACUCACCAGGCCCUCGCAGCAGCACAGAAGCAGCUGCAGGAAUUGCAGCAGCUCAACAACAAUGGAAAGGAACUUAACGACCGGCUCCUGAAGGAAAUCGCGAGCUUGCGGGAAAAAGUACACGAAACCGAAGAAAUGCUCAAGAAAGAGUCCGAGGAGAAAUUGCGGCUGCUCGAACAUGUGGAGAGCCUGAAGGGAUCCGUCACCGCAAGGGCAGAUGAGCUAGUGCAGUUGAAAGUUGCCCUAAGCUCAAAGGAUGCAGAGCUGGACGCUCUGAGGCAGAAUGCGGAGUCUCAGCAGUCGGACUUGGUGGUCAAAGUGUCAGAGCUUUCGCGAGAUCUCCAGCAGAAAGUGGGCGAACUUUCCUUGGCAGAGGCUGCGUUGCAGGAGCGAGAUGUUCUCGUUUCGAAUCUCAAAACAUCUCUCGAGGCGUCUGCACAGAACAUUCAUUCCCUAGAGAUGGCCAAUAAAGAUCUCAUAGGCCAAAUUCAAGCACUGUCCGCCAGAUUCGACGAGGCGUCAAAAGAGAUUGAAGUGAAGGAGCAGUGUUUACAGAAGAUGACGGAGAACUUGACGCUGCUUGAGAACAGCCUUGAAGAGAAAUCCCGCGUUCUCUCUGAUGUUCAAAAGGCCAAUAGCAAGUUGGAGGAAAGCAGUGCCGAGUUGGCUCGACGGGUGGAGGAAGCCGACGGCUGCGUCUCCAGCCUCCGAGAAAAACUGGCUGGUGAGGAGAUGGUGCAGGCAACCUUCAGGUCCGAACUGGAGUCGGCAAAGUCAGAAGCGGGCUCACUUCUUCCUCAGUUGGAAGAGCAGAAGAAAAUAAUUGGCGAAUUGGAGGAAAGGUUGAAGACAUCAGCAGACACAGAAGAAUCGUUGCUGAAGGAGGUUGAAAAGCUGCAGCAUGAGAAGCGGGCCACGAGCGAUGCACUGGAGGAGCUCGGUGGCAAGUUAAGAGCGGCCGAAAGCGACUUGCAGAAAUCUGACGAGACGGUCGUUUCACUAAAAGCUGAGGUGGAGCGGCUGCAGGCCGAGCAAGAAAGUACGAGCGAACAGCACAAAGUGGAAAUGGAGAGUAGUGCAAAGGCCUUGUUAGAGCUGUUAGAAAAGGACAACCAAAUAGCUGAGUUGCAAGCUGAACGGGAGAGGCUAACUGUUGAGCACGACAAAAAGAAGGAGCAGUUGGCUGUCCUUUCGGGGGAGAUAGAAAACCUAGUGGCAGUCCAUGACCAGCAGCUGCGAGAACUGCUCGAGGCCGAGUCCAGUGCCAGGGCUGAGUGCUCAAGUCUUGCCGAAAGGCUCGCCGACAAAGAAAGUGAGGUAUUCAGCCUCGGAGAACACUUGGAAGAACUGCGCCUGGAGAACAGUCGCGCCAAGGAGCAGAUCGCCACGUUCUCAGCGGAGAUCCAGAACCUCGUGCAGAACCACGACCAGCAGAUGAGGGAGCUUGCGGAUGCCAACUCAAAGGUGGAAGCCGAGGUGUCAGCAUACGUAGCGAAGGUUGGCGAGUAUGAAGAACAAAUCCGGGAGCUGGAAGCCAGGCUGAGCGAACUGCACCAGGAGAACAGUACCCUCAAGGAAAGAGCCGAGCAAACCUCGAACGAAGUCCGAAAAACAUGCCAGAGGCAUCAGGAAGAAGAGACUAACCUUGUACUGCAGAUCGAGCUACUCCGGGGAGAGAUAGAGCGUCUGGCCGUCUUCGAAAAGCAAUAUCAGGGGGCCGUUGAGGAGUUAACAAAGAUGAAGGAACAGUCUCGAAUCUCGAAGCAGGAUUUAGCUAUGCAGUCAGAUCAAGCCGACGCGCUGGCAAAGGUUCCAGUAGUAGAAGAAAUGAUAGUUCCAAAAGAGGCCCAGCUUCUCUAUGCAGCGGAAGCGGAUGUUGAAGCUCUGCAACGGGAACUCGAUGCAGCCAGGAUGGAUAUUCAAGUUGCCCAGGAGUCAGCUCUAUGCAAAGAAGAGGACAUUCGAAGACUCACUGAAGACCUCGCCUCUGUAAAGAAUAAAUUAGAAGAGGCAGAGCAGCAACUGAGAAUGAAGCACGAGGAAGCAAGGCACGUCAGCAGUGCAGCGGAAGAACCCACAUCGGAAGUUCACCAGGACGAAAGCAAACAGGCACUUGAUGCUGAGUUGAAAAAGCUUAAGCUCGCAUUCAAGAAGUCGAGGGGAGAGCUGAGGCUGAAGGUGAAGAUACUUGAAGACAGGACAAAAGAAGUGCAGAGCCUGAAAGAGCAGAACGGCUGCUUACAAAAGGAGCUGGAACAGCUGACAGAGGCCCUCGCCAAUGAAAGAACAUGUCUGAAGACGUUUGCGGAGGACCUUGAGCAGAGGGGCGUACAGACAGCAGAGUUGUCUUCAGAACUUCAAAGCCUGAAGGAACGUUUGGAUCUCGAAACAGAGAAAAACGAGAGCCUGUCCAGAGAGUUGCAGGAGGCUAAUGCCGAGGUGUACAACCUCCGAGUUGAAGUUGAAGAGUUGAGGUUACAGAGUCGCGAAGCAGGCUCGCGUGAGGUUGAUGUUGAGGAGCUGAAGAAGCAGCUGGAGUCUGCAAGCGAAGCCCUCAGGGCAUUGUCGAUGGAAAAUGAAGUUCUCAAGGCCAACAGUUCUCAAGACACUGAACGUCUUCGGUCAGAACUUCAGUCGUCGAAGGCUGAGCUUGAGCGGUUGUCUGCAGAGCACGAGGACACCCUCAACAUUAGCCUGAGCCGCGAACGAGCGCUGCAGAACGAGCUGGACGCAGCCACUGAGCUCAUUCAGCAGCUGCAUUCAGAGCACGCAGACUUUUCGCGAAAGAAGAGCGAGGAAUUUGGACUUCUGCAAGGUCAGCUGGAGUCUCUGAGUGGAGACCUCACCAAACAGCUUGAAAUUGUAGACUCCAAGGUGGAAGAGGCUGAUGCACUACAGAGCAAGCUCCAGACAUCUCAGCUUCAGCUAGAGAAGUUUUCUGCCGAGUACAGCAUACUGCAAGACGUGCUUCUUCAAGAGUGUGGCGAGCGUCCUCCCGGUGACAUGACAUUCAUGGGUGCUGAAUUCAGUGCCUUCGAAUAUCUCAAGUGGCUUCUCGAGAGUGUCAGGAAAAGGCGGGAGGCGCUCGAGUCUUCGCUCGCGAUGAAAGACCAACAACUUUCUUCCCUUCACGAGAGCCAACAGUCUCUCCAGGAGCAGGUUUCUCAAGUGCUGAAAGGCCUAAGCGGGGUUUUGGCUAUGAUUACACGAGACAUUGCAGAUCCAGACAGAUCAGAGGAGGAGCUAAAGAUUGCUGAAGAUUCGAAGGACCUGCAAGCACUGUUGCGAGCAGUUCACGAACACAUUCUCUGCCUCAAGGACACUAACAAUGCACUUUCAAAAGAGACAGAGAACCUGAAGUUGUCGUACGAAGAGAUAAACGCAAGGUUACAGGGAGCUGAGACUGAAAAUGAGCGCUGGCAGCUUAGGUACCAGGAACUGCAGAAGGUGUUGGAAAAAAAAGACCUCGCAGUGGACAACGUCGCAGAUGUUAGGAGAACGGACAAGCUACUUCAGACCGACGCCAGUGACGAGUCCCCAAAAUCGGACAAGUCACUUCAGACAGAUGUCCACGACGACCUUGCGAAAGAAAGGGGUCAGGAUGAGUGUUUGUCGGAAAAAGCGGAGCUACUCGCUGAGAUAGCCCUGCUGAGGGAAGAGAAUGCGGUGUUGAAAGCGCAGCCUCCAGUCCAGAACAUGGGUGAUGGUGACAGGCUGAACGCUGAGCUUUCCGCCACCAAGCAGAAGUCUGAGAAGAUGCUGGUAAAGUUAAAGUUGUUCAAGGACAAGAAUGACACGCUAGCCAAGCAGCUGAACGCGCUGCGCGAAUCUCACGCUGAGCUCGAGCACACCUUGCAGAGGAAGUCGGACGAAGUGGGCCAGCUCGAACGGCAGUGCUGCUCGCUGCAGGAAGACCUGCAGAAGUCGCUCGCGCAAAGCGAGCAUGCCGAAUCUCUCGCUCUGAGUUUGGACCAGGCCACAGCCAGGGCCCAGGAGGCCGAGGCUGAGUGCAGCAACCUGCGUGACAAAAUGGGUGAACUGCUCGAUCGGAAUGACCGGCUGGAGAUCGAGUCACGACACCUCAAGUCGGAACUGGCAAGCCUGAAGGAGCAGGCCGACAUGCUGGCCAGCGACAACGAAGCCUUCCAGAACCUUGUCGAGAACCUGAAGCGGGCCAGGCAGAACUUGGAGCAGGAGCUGAAGGCUCAGCAUGAGCAGCACGCCAAGGUCAUCAAGGACCUCGAGAACAGAUACCAGAAGCAGCUCGAGGAGGAGAAGAGUGGCGACGGGACCGCCUCUCUGAAGCGGGACUUUGCCCAGAUGCAGGAGAAGUACAACCAGAUCCUGUACAGGCACCGCGACCUCGAGGAGGAGUUCCACGUCGUUGUAGAGGAGAAGAAGAAGCUGGAGGCCAAGUGCACACAGCUGGUCGAAGACUGCUCAGUGGCGAACCAGGCGCUCGCGCUCAUGGAGACGCAGGGUUCCACGGGACACAAGACCCUCCAGGAGCUGGACCUGCUCCGGCAGGAGCACCAGCAGCUCCAGGAGCGGUUCCAUCAGCUCAAGAGCUCCCAGCUGAAGGCCGAGGAGCGGCUUGUCCAGUCUGCGAGCCAGGAGUCGCUUUCGAUGAAGGCCAAGCUCGAGGAGGCCAACAGGACAAUCGAAGACCUGAGGGCCAUGAAGGAGCAGGCCACGUCGGAAGAAGUCCAUCGUCUGCAGCAACAGCUGGACGAACUGAACCAGAGGCAUGCCGCCCUGGUGGAACAGUCUCAGGCCAAGGAAGGCCGGUGGAGUCAGGAGCGAAAGCAGCUCAAGCACAUCGAGGAGCACCUCAAGCAGGCGGCACGAGAGUUGAGCGGCGAGCUUGAGGAGUUGAGAGCGCAGCACGAGGAGGCGCUCAAGAGCAAGCUGGACUUGCGGACUCAGAUGGAGCAAGCGCAGAAGGACAACCGGGCCCUGACGCAGCAGGUCCAGAACUGGAGAAGCUACAUCCGGGACUUUGAGAGUGGCAAGAGCGAACAGGGCCGCGACGCGGAGGUGGAGAGGCUGCGGACGGAACUGGAGCAGACGGCCACGCAGCUACACCAGCUGGGACUCCGCAACGAAGAGAUGUCGGGCGACCUUAGCAAGGUGCUUGAAGAGAAAAAUGGCCUCAAGCAGCUGUUGGCGCACACGCAAGAUAUCUUGCGGCAUCGGGAAGCGCAGCUGUUGCGUCUGCAGUCGCCGCCGUUGAGCAGAGAUGGUGUCCACAUUAUUGAGAUGGAGGGCUCGCCACAACCUGCUGAUGAUGCGGCUGCUCUUCAGCAUAGGUUGCGGGAGCUAGAACACGAGAGACGCGAGCUGGAAGAGCGGGUGCAGGAAUUGUCCGAGAACCUGAGCACCGAGCGGCAGCGGCGCCACCUGCUUGAGGGUGAACUAGGAGAAAUUGAGUGGGGCGUACCGGCGCUUCCUUCUGGGCAUUCGUUGGACAACAAAUCGCACCGUUUGUUGCUGCAUGAUGAUGUGAUCAAGAUUCCGGCUACUGACUACUCUAUCACUCGCCAAUUUAUGUCACACGCAUCCAAGCUUCGUAGGUGGCUACAGGGAAGGCAGGACGCAUCAGGUCACACUGUGCAUCACAUCUAAGCGGCUUUUUGAGGCAAGAGAGACGGAACUGCCGCCUCGCGAUUCGAAGACGCAAGUACGGCCAGAUCACCCUGGGCCUCUACCUCGUGCUGAUUCACAUCGUACUCCUCGCAUACCUCGUGUGAAAGCACUACGAUAGACACCGGGUCAUCAUUCGCACAACUGGAAAACGCUGGUCCUGACAAAAGUCGCACAAGCCCAACGAAGAUCGCACAACGGCCUGUUGUGUUCAUGGAAACCUGCAUGCACAGAACUCCAAUUCUUCCAUGGAAACAAACUAUGCCGAAAACAUUGUGAACUCAUCGUUGCUUAGCAGGCAGGUUGACUAAAGAUGAAUUCAGCGUCAAAGUUCUUCCGCAGCAUUUGGCGACAGUGGAGACAGACUGCAAAGUACUGUUCAUUUUUUUUUUAGCUACUUCGCAUGAAAUGUGUGCCUUCGUUUCGUGAAGUGACAUCCGAGGAUUAUGGCCUCGUGUGCAGUGCUUGCAAAUUGAAAGUGGUGCUACGGUCUUGUGUUGGAACUGGUAUACGUCCAGAUGGCAAAGAAAGUACUACUGCCACGUAGUGUAUUGUUGCAAGAUCCGACUGUGUCACCCGGUCCUUCACCAUGGACAGAGUAUGGACAGUUUAGUCGCAAAACGUGAGGCCUUGCUGCAUUGCGUGAAAGCUGUGUGUGUUUGUAUGGAUGUUGUAAUAGAUGCACUGUUUCGUGUUAAUGUUUUGCUUCGCAGACCGACGUGCAUUUUUCCUCUGUGACGUCCCCCUCAUUCGUCACUUUCAAACUUUUGUAUACGGACUUCUCAAGAAGGCUGCCAAUGUUCUCAUGUUUUUCUUAUUAGUUACUGCAUAAGCAUCUUAACUAAGAGCGCAUGGCAAUGCUGUUGCUUUAAUUGUGGCAACGAAAGAAGCGGUGCGGCUACAAACUUUUACCUAUCACAGCAGUGAUCUGUGUGCAUUGCAGAAAAUCUUGCUUUAUGGAGGCAUGGGACCAGGUAAACGGGUGUACAUUUUAGGGCAAGGUAAAUAAACAAUUGUGUACAGUAUCAUUUGAAUGAAAUGACUUCGGCGUCUUGCAUUAUGGGCAUCACUUGUAGGCUGCUUGUGAAUUGAAGUCCCUAUGUUACUGCAACUGUAGUACUUGUAGAUACUAUACGACAGCUGCGACAACAGUCAACUAGAACGAAGUAUGGACCAAGAAACACCACGGAUGAAGAAUUGAGACGAUUCUAUUCAAAUUCAAUUCCUUUUCUUGCUUUACUAUCAGCGAAUUAUCACAGGGCCACCUCUGUAAUCACUGGCUUAGAAGCACUGGCUGAUAAAAGUUGAGCAAAAGUAAUUGUUUCAUUAUAACCAGUCAAUUCAACAAAUUAAAGGGUGCACCAGGGGUGGUCAGGAUAAAAGAUAAACUGUAGGUCUCUGAAGUUUCUGAAAAUUACGUUACAUUGGUGUGUUAGCUGUCAUAGAACGAAAAAAUUACAUUCUCACAGGUACUAUGGUUCCAUCCGUAUUACUAAUAACUGAAACACGGUAUGGCCUUGAUGAUGUGCUCUUUGCUGUGCUUGUCCACAUCAACUGCGAGUUAGCCAUACAUUUGGGAUACAAAAUGUGUGAACAAUUACUGACAUCGUACAACAAUGGUGCUCGUUAACAUAUUCAGCGAUGUUAACAUUGAUAACCAUGCUGUGCAUGUCCACAUCAACUGCGAGUUAGCCGUACAUUUGGGAUACAAAAUGUGCAAUUACUGACAUCGUACUACAAUGGUGUUCGUUAACAUAUGCAGCGAUGUUAACAUUGAUAGCCAUAAACCACGUGUGACUGCUCAUGCCUUAAAGUCAUGGCCAGUUGAUUUUGGCAGCGUUCUACUAUCCAAAGCUAGCAAGGGCUUGAGAUAGUAAUAAAAAAUAACCUUGUUUGUACUAAGUAGCACUGAAGUUCAGAAAUACCACUAGCCUACCCCAACAUUAAAGGGACCGACAACUGGCCAGAAUGUGCGAGUAGGUCGCGAUAGAAAUGAAGAGACCGCAAAUUAUAGUCAGAUUCAAGCAUCUGUUUCACUAUCAGAGUAGGGUUUAUAUUUUCACAUUGCAUUUAAAAGUCACAAAAAUCCGUUAUGUUGCGCAGCCUACCGGAAGAGCCUUGAAGCUGGAUUAUGGAGUUGUGCACUUUUCUGUUCGUAGUCUGAUGCUUUCUGAUAAUUAGUCUGAUAAUUAAUGCUCAAAAUUAGAGUAUAUAUUAUUAUCCGUCCCUGCUCUAUUCCAUGCUGCUUAUGAGGUAAAAGGAGUUGCCUGCUGAGAAGCGGUACUGCCUUCGCAACAAUCAGUGGAACAUGUCGAGAGGCGGCGCAUGCACAGCGAAAACCUCUGCGUACAUACACGAACUACUGUUGCACUCACCUCCCACUGUUUGCAGCAUGUGUGGUAUGUGUACGACAUCAUAGCCACCGCAGAUCGAAAAUUUUGUAUUACAAAGGUUUCACGGCGUUUAUCGCAUUACUAUUCCUUGAUGAGACACUGACCGGUAAGCUUUCCGUUGCGCUAAGGGAAACGGGCACUAUAAAAAUUGGUUGUUGGUCCCUUUAAAGGGGUACUGACGUGAAAAUUUUCAGUAGUUUUUUUGCAUCAAAUGAAAGGCGAAGCCCUCAAGAGCCCAGAAAAGGUAGUGCUAAGUGUGAGUGCACCCUGAAAGUAAUUACAGCAUGUUUUCAAAAGCUAGUUUCAGUUCCCACUGUACCCUGACGUCACAACACGGUAUGAGCUUCUUGUCACGUGCUCGCACAAUAUGUAGUGACGUUUCCACGACCGCUCCACACUGUAGCUACAAGCGGCCAUUUUGAAUGUUUUGGUGACGCACAAGUGGCCAUUGUGGAAGUUUUGGCACCUCACGUCAUCACAACUCGCCAGACUACUGCGUGAAGUCACCAGAAUUAGUACUGUAGCUUGAUGUCAAGCUAGUGUCAAUGUAGGUAGGUGCGCCAUGGAAAAAAUGAUUUAAUAUCAAAAUAAAAUAUCUUAUCGGCAUUUGCCAAACUUCACACUUGCUCAGAGCCGUCUCUGCAUACAGGAGAUUUGUACGGCAGAGUAAACUCGCCUUUGAAAAAAGGUGACUACCCCUUUAAGGUUCAUUGUAAAUGUGUGUUGACUGUAGUUAUAUGCGUCACGAGUUAAAAAAGCAUGAAAAAGACAAUGACGCAGAAUAAAAAACGGGAUGUCAUGCUGUUUUCUAUUCUAUAUUGUCGUCU